GUCUAUGCUAUUUCAUCCCGCUUCACAGCCAGCUCAUCUUCAGUUUCUUCCUGCUGUAUCGGUUUCCACAUCGUGAACCCCAUCACCGGCGGGCAGACGGGCUCUCUCUGCUCAGCUGCUGUCCAAAUGGAUCCGGGUGUGUGUUUUUCCCAGCUUUUGCUUUUCUUGCUCGUAGUCACCGUGAACUGCAGCCCCGGGGCGUUACUCGACGUUGUAGUGGAUCGGUACGACAUCCCGAAAGUUUGUCCUCGAGAGGUGCAAACGGAAGACUUUAUCCGUUAUCACUUCAAUGGUACUUUCUUUGAAGACGGGAAAAAGUUUGACUCCAGCUAUGACCGAGGCAAAGCCCUCAUCAGCCAGGUCGGCCUGGGCAGACUCAUCACGGGGAUGGACCGGGGUCUGCAGGGCAUGUGCGUCAACGAGCGCAGGAGGAUCAUAGUCCCUCCGCAUCUGGCCUACGGAAGCAUAGGAACAGGUGGUAUCAUCCCUCCCGAUGCCGUCCUGGUGUACGAUGUCCUCCUGCUGGACAUCUGGAGCACCAAGGACGACGUCGAGAUCCGCACGCUCAGUAAACCUGCGAGCUGCAGGCGAACCACGGAAGCAUCGGAUUUUGUCCGUUACCGAUAUAACGGCACUCUGCUGUCGGGCGAGCCCUUUGACUCCAGUUACUCGAGGAAUGCCACCUACGACACCUACCUGGGGCAGGGCGACCUCAUCAAAGGCAUGGAUGAGGGUCUUCUGGGCAUGUGUGUUGGGGAGAGACGGGUCAUUAUCGUCCCACCCUUCCUGGCAUACGGAGAGAAUGGCUACGGAACUAAGAUCCCACCUCAGGCCACACUGGUGUUUGAGGUGCUGAUGGUCGACAUCUUUAACCCUAAGGAUGAUGUGACUGUGGAAGCGAGGGAGGUGCCUAAAGGCUGCACGCGCACAACAGUGACUGGAGAUUACAUCCGCUACCACUACAAUGGCACCUUCCAGGAUGGCACGCUCUUCGACUCGAGCUAUCACCGUAACACCACCUACAACACUUACAUCGGCAUGGGGUACGUGAUCCAAGGGAUGGACAAAGCCCUGCAGGGACUGUGCAUGGGAGAGAAAAGAAGGGUCAUAAUCCCUCCUCACUUGGCAUAUGGUGAAGGAGGAGUUGGAAACUUCAUUCCUGGCUCUGCCGUGCUGGUCUUUGAUAUUCACAUCAUUGAUUUCCACAACCCAGAAGAUCCAGUCGAGAUCAGAGUUACCCAUAAGCCUCAGGAAUGCAACAUGACCAGUGAAGCUGACGAUUUGAUUCAGUAUCGCUACAAUUGCUCCUUGAUGGACGGCACCCUGCUGUACACCUCGGACCAGUAUGAUUCACCUUCUUUCACUACUCUGGGAGCAAAUAAAGUGAUCCUGGGUUUGGAGGAAGGUUUGAGAGGCAUGUGUGUAGGCGAGCGGAGAGAAGUGGUCGUUCCUCCUCACUUCGGCCAUGGAGAAAAUGGAGCUGGAGGAGUUCCAAGGAGUGCAGUUCUCCUCUUUGAGUUGGAGUUGGUGAAGCUUCAGAAGGGUGUGCCUGAAGGCUACAUGUUUGUGUGGCUUGAAGAGACCCCCGAUCCCCUCUUUCCUGCUAUGGACCUUAAUGGGGACAAACAGGUCCCUCUUGAGGAGUUUGCACUCUUCAUCAGACUCCAAGUUCAAGAAGGCAAAGGUCGACUUCGGCCAGGGAUUGAUGCAGACAGCAUUAUUAAGGACAUGUUUGACAACCAGGAUGGUAACAAAGAUGGCAAGAUUGUAGAGGAUGAACUGACAGUUAAGGAGGAUGAAGGCUCCAAACAAGUGAGGAGAGAUGAGCUAUAAAGAAGAUGUACGUAUUUCACUGGUGAUAAAGUACAGGCACUCAAUGGCUGAGCUGUCAGUGUUGUUGUUUUCAUGACCCUUGUCUCACCUAGAGGGCUCUUUCACUUCACAUUUCAACAUUUUACAUAUAAAAUGACUGUGUUUACCAAAACACUGAAACCAAAGCAGCUAUAAGAGAUUCAGCCAGAACCUUUUUUUUUUUUUUUAAUACCAGUGUUUUUCCAACUGUGACAUGUCAAAAAGGUGGUCAGGAUGUUGUGCGCAGAAGCUCUUUUGAAAUGAUGGAAGAAAAAAUGACCUGCAGAGAAAACGUGUGGUUACAAAAAGGGUACAUUUACCAAGAAUCUGGGCGGGGCCCAACUUCCAGAAUAUUCCAUCUAUUACAAAGUUAAG